GUGUGUCAGCAUCCUUCGAGGCAGACAUGUGUGUCAGCUUCCUUCCAAGUUUCUCAUCAACGCAGUCCGAUAAUUACUGCGCGGUCCAAAUUAGCAGUGGCACAUCAGACGGUGAACGGUGAACUGAAACAUCAAAUCAGAAUACGAACGACAGAAAAGUAAGACAUCAAAACAAUGCCACCGACAGGUCCUAACACGCGCCUUCACGUCGCCAUAAUCGGCGGCGGCAUCACGGGCCUCUCCCUGGCGGCCGGCCUGAAGGCGCGCGGCGUGCGCUUCACCGUCUACGAGCAAUCGCCGUCGUUCCGCGAGGUCGGCGCGGGCGUGGGGCUGAGUCCCAACGCCGAGCGCGCGCUGGGCAGGCUGAGCGCCGGCGCGCUGGCCGCGUUCAACGCCGUCGCCAUGCCCAACGGCGAGGACUACUUCCAGUGGGUCGACGGCCACGGCUCCGACAAGGUCGUCUACCGCCUGUGGAUCGGCGAGGGCCUGUUCCGCGGGUGCCUGCGGUCGGAUUUCGUCGAGGAGCUGGGGAGGCUGGUGGGGACUGACUGUGUGAGUUUUGGGAAGGAUGCACGGUCGAUUGCCGAGGAGGACGACGGAAGUGUGACGAUCACCUUCGGCGACGGCUCGACAGCGCGGGCAGACGUAGUCAUCGGCUGCGACGGCAUCCACUCCCGCACGCGCCAGCUCCUCCUCGGCGAAGCCAACCCGGCCUCGCACCCGGGCUACACCAAUAGAUCCUGCUUCCGCGCCCUCAUCCCCAUGGCCGCCGCCCGCGCCGCCAUAGGCGACCACCGGACCUCGACGCGCUUCAUGUACAACGGGCCCGGCGCGCACAUCAUAACCUACCCGGUGGGCCACGGCGCGUCGCUCAACGUCCUCGCCGUCGCCAGCGACCCGCACCCCUGGCCCGACGCCGCGCGCCACACCAAGCCCGCCACCGCCGCCGACGCCGCCGCCGCGUUCGCGGACUGGCACCCCACGGCGCGCGCCAUCGUCGGCCUGCUGCCCGACCGCCUUGACAGGUGGGCCGUGUUCGACUCGUUCGCGGGCCCGGCGCCGUCGUAUGUGCGCGGCGCGGUCGGCCUUGCUGGAGAUGCGGCGCAUGCGGCGGGUCCGCACCUCGGGUCCGGCGCGGGGUUUGGCAUCGAGGAUGCGCUGGUGCUGGCGGCGCUGUUGGAGGCUGUUGACGAGGUGGGGCGCAGGGGUGGCCGGGGCGAUGUCGGGGUGCUGUGCCGCGACGCGCUGGAGGUGUAUAAUAGCGUGCGGUACGAGCGGACGCAGUGGCUGGUCGGGGCGACGCGGGAGGCCUGCAGCUUGUUCCAUUGGGAGGAUCCGGAGUGCGGGAGUGAUCCCGACAAGUUUGGGAGGGAGAUUACAUGGCGGUUUCACAAGAUCUGGCAUUACGAUGUUGAUGCUAUGGUCCGAGAGGCGCUGGAUCAGCUUGCGAAGAGGCGGGGGGAGAUGCCAAACUGAGUGCACGUGAGGGGGAAGUAGAUGGAAUUAUUCUAUUGACGACUCGUCCAGCUCCUUUACUCUACCUUGAUGCUCUGGUCGUGAUGACAGUAGCUCAAUGGCAAAGCCUUCCUGCAGCUCACUCAGCCGAUCUGUGUGCUCGCGAGCUUCUUGAAU